CAAAGGCCGCAUGUAAUAACAUCCCCCCCAGCCAUCUUCAAUUCUUCAUCUUCAUCGUUGCACUCAGAUUGGAUAUUCGAAACACACUCUUACACGCAGAGUGAGCGACAAUCAAAGCAUAUCUUUACGACUGUCCCUGUAAUAUAUAUAUAUAUAUGUGUGUGUGUGUGUGUGUAGAUAGGUAACAUGGCUGAUUUGUGUUGUAACUUCCUCGACUCUCGAUCUUUCAACUCGUUGUCUCUCUUCAUUCCAUGCGUUUCACCCCCAAAAUCACCCUUCUCAUCUCUUCCAACGCACCCUUUUGAUCUCCCUUCAAGAAGAGGAAGAAGAAAACCUCCUCGUCUUACCUUGCUCUGCAAACCCGAUUCGCCGUCUCGCUCGUCGCCGGACUUGGAGAUCGUAUCAGCCUCUGAGUAUUCUGACGGUAGCAUUGUGUUCCGCUUCGGUGAGAAGAGCGAGGUUGAAGGAAAUGCUGAAAUCGAGGAAACCAAUAUUGAGCUUGGAAGGUUUGCAAGUGAAAGUACAGAAAAUUCUAAUGUUGUGAAGGUUUUGGUCGGAGAGCAGCGUGGGCAGGUUAUGGUUAAAGAAAUAGGUAGAGAAGUGAGAAGAGAUAAAAUUGACACAGGAGAGGAACCAGAUGAAAUGGCGCUGGAAGAUUCUCAAGAAAUAGAAUUGGAGAUUUAUCAAGAAAUUCCAAUUGAAAUUGAGGAAAUCUUAGCUAUGGGAUAUAUCCUAUUAUCUGGUGCUUCCUUAUUGCCAGACCCUGACAAGGCAUUGACAGGUGGUGAGGAUGCUUAUUUUAUUGCUGGGCAGAACUGGUUGGAUGUGGCUGAUGGAGUUGGUCAGUGGUCACGGAAAGGGAUUAAUGCAGGAAUUUAUGCCCGUGAACUGAUGGAGAACUGUGAAAAGAUUCUCUCAGAUUUUAGUAGCAAUCUGCUAACUGAUCCUGAGGAAGUUCUCUCUCGAAGUGCUCUUGCGUCAAAGUCUCCUGGAUCAUCAAUGAUUUUGGUGGCUUACUUUGAUGGUCAGGCUUUUCAUGCAGCUAAUAUUGGAGACUCGGGAUUUAUCGUUGUAAGAAAUGGUGCUGUUUAUAAAAAGUCCUCCCCAAGGUCUCAUGAGUUCAACUGUCCUUUCCAAAUUAAAUAUGGUACUGAUCCCUCCGAACUUGUUGAGAUGUACAAAAUUGAUUUGGAUGAAGGAGAUGUGAUUGUAACUGCAACUGAUGGCCUUUUCGACAAUCUGUAUGAUCAAGAAAUAGCUUCAAUAGUCUCAAAGUCGUUAGAAAACAAUUUAAAACCCGAGGAAAUAGCAGAAAUCCUGGCCAAAAGUGCACAAGAGAUAGGGAGCUCAGAAACUUGUACAAGUCCAUGCGAUGCAGCCCAGGCAGAUGGAUACGUGGGAUACACGGGUGGCAAGCUCGACGACGUGACUGUUAUUGUCUCUUUGGUUCAGAAAAGAUCCAGCUCUUGGAAUUGAUUAACUUGGUUUGAUUUCUUCUUGUUCUUCUAGUUUCUAGUAAACAGCAAGCAUUUUGUUUCUGUUUCGAUUUCACCGGUAAUAAUCUUUUAUGUUUGUUGAAUGCAGCCCGUACUGGUGAUCUAUUCAUUUGUGUUCUCAUAUUGACUUGUUAUCAUGCAGUUCUUUCUGUAUUUUCUCAGUAACCCUAAUUGAAUUUGGCAAUUAGAUGAUUCAUGAAGCUUACUCUUUGUGAACUAUGAGCAGCGUUUGAUGUCACUGUUUUGUGAAGUAGACUGCUUGGUUUGCUUCUUUUGCUUGGUUCCCACAUUAUGAUGUUAUUUCUGAGUUUGUGCUAGUCACACUUUUGAUAGGCAUAUUUAGAUGAUCA